CCGUUUUGGUAACAAUAAUAUUAAUCCUAUAAAUUCAUUCCCCCUUUCGCUUCUUACACCAACACCAACACCGCGUGUUCCUCAAACAUCUAUCUCCUGCAAACUCACACACACACACUUUCUCUCAUUUCCAUUCAUACAUCAUUUUUCUUUUAUUUGAUUCAUUCAGCUGAUGCGGAUUUUGAAGAGAAUGGAAGUUACGGGAGGCUAAGGUUUGGCAAGUUCUAUGGCCUACACUGUUACCCGGGCAAUGUGUGAGGGAACGAACAACAACUUCGAUCAUUGGCAGCAAACAAGUAAGAGGGAUAAUUGUAGGAGCAGAACACCUGUUAUGGAAUUUGAGUCAGACUGGAUAAAGAAUAAAACGUCGUCUGCUUACACUGCUCAUAUCAUUCGCGCCGCUACUUCUAUUAUGCCUUGGUCUUGCAGAAUCCCAAUUGGUGAAGGAUAUCAUGAAUUUCUCUAGUUAGUUGAUACUCGAAAAGACAUUUUUCUCAUUGUUUGAUUGAUUGGUCUCAGGCAAAAGUUCUCUAAUCUUAGUGAUAUUGUGUGAUUGCUGAUUUGAGAAAUGCCUGGUUUUGUUGCUGGCAAAAAGAGGUUUACAGAUCCAAACAUGUGUUUUUCCAAUUUCGCCAAUAAGGAUAAAUCCACUUUUUCAAAAAGCAAUCAUUGUUUAAGGUCUGAGGUGGAUCCGGAUGACGACGAUGGUAACCCCAUUCUUCCAGGGCUGCCUGAUGAUGUUUCAAAACAUUGCCUCGCACUUGUGCCGCGUUCUAACUUCCCAACUAUGGGCGGUGUCUGUAAGAAAUGGAGGCGCUUUAUUCAAAGUAAAGAGUUCCUAACCGUGCGAAAAUUAGCCGGGCAGGUUGAGGAAUGGCUGUAUAUCUUAAUAGCUGGUAGUGAAGGAAAAGGAAGUCACUGGGAGGUUAUGGAUUGUCUGGGUCAUAAUCGCCGAUCUCUUCCACCAAUGCCUGGUCCAGACAAGACUGGAUUCGGGGUUGUUGUUCUUAAUGGAAAGCUUCUUGUUAUGGCUGGCUAUGCAUCAAUUGAUGGAAUUGUGUCUGUCUCAGCUGAGGUUUACCAAUAUAAUUCUUGCCUCAACAGCUGGACCAGAUUGCCAAACAUGAACGUGGCUCGGUACGACUUUGCUUGUGCUGAAGUCAACGGCUUGGUUUACGCAGUAGGAGGCUACGGGGAACAUGGAGACAGUCUCUCCAGUGCUGAGGUGUAUGACCCUGAUACCGACAAAUGGACGCUGAUUGAGAGCCUCCGGCGCCCAAGAUGGGGCUGUUUCGCCUGUGGAAUCGAGGGGAAGCUUUAUGUCAUGGGUGGAAGGUCAAGCUUCACAAUUGGAAACUCCAAGUUUGUUGAUGUCUACAACCCGGAGAAGCAGGGGUGGUGCGAGAUGAAAAACGGCUGUGUCAUGGUCACUGCUCACGCAGUCCUUGAGAAGAAGCUGUUUUGCAUGGAGUGGAAGAACCAGAGGAAGUUAGCAAUAUUCAAUCCUGAAGACAAUUCAUGGAAAAUGGUACCUGUCCCUUUGACAGGGAGUACUAGUAUUGGAUUCAGAUUUGGGAUACUUGAUGGUAAGCUUUUGUUGUUCUCACUAGAGGAUGAACCUGCAUACAAGACUUUGUUGUAUGAUCCAAAUGCAGCCCCGGGGAAAGAAUGGAGAACUUCUGAGAUAAAACCAUCUGGUUUGUGCUUGUGCAGUGUUACUAUCAAGGCCUGAAAGAACUGAAGGAACUUCAGAGUUGAGAAUAUAGCAGAGGACUUUUGUUGUUUUUACUAGGAUUUAUGAUUGCAGUGAUGAGCACGUCUCUAUGAUGAUAUGCUUGUCAGAUUUUAAUUUAGUACUCGUUUGGAUGUAAAAUAAUUGGAGCUUAUUUAGUGCGUUUUCUAGUAGAUAAGCUUCAAUAAUUAAGUGUUUUUUGCUUGUUACUGUUA